GCGCGGCUAGUGACGAAUCCCUACCUACGCAGACCCCGAGCCAACGAAGAAGCUGAGUACACUCAACUGGAAGAGACGCAGAGACAAAGUCACCAUGGCCUCAGUGUCUACUCACGGACACCAGGACAAAGGCCCCCAUUUGCCACCACCAAGCAAGCAGAGUCUAUUAUAUUGUCCAAAAUCAAAACUGCACAUCCACAGAGGGGAGAUUUUAAAGAUUAUCCGAGAAUGUCAAGAAGAAAGCUUCUGGAAGAGAGCUCUGCCUUUUUCUCUUGUGAGCAUGCUCGCCACCCAAGGACUAGUCCACCACGGUUAUUUAGCAUCUAACCCAAGAUUUGGAUCAUUGCCCAAAGUUGCACUUGCAGGUAUCUUGGGAUUCGCCCUUGGAAAGGCAUCAUACAUACGAGUAUGCCAGAGUAAAUUCCAUUCUGUGGAAGAUCAGCUACGUGGGGCUGGUUUUGGUCCAGGGCAUAACAGGCACUGCCUGCUCACCUGUGAGGAAUGCAAAAUUAAGCAUGGAUUAAAUGAGAAAGGGAGUUCGCAGCCUUCAGCUUCUUAAACCUUUAUCUGUGGCUUCUGAAGUUUCUGGAACCUCUCUCUGAAUUUGUACACAUUUAUAAUGUCAAGUGUACUUUAAAAUAAUCUACGUAUCAUGGACCAGAAACAUUGUGCUUCUCACACUCUUUGACACGCUUUCUGUGGAAGAUUCUCAACUGAAGUGAGCAGUGUAUGUUUGUCUGCUAUUUGAGAACUUGUCGGGGGCGUUCACACACCAAAAAAGAAAUUACAUUGCACCCCUUAACUUGCUUACAGCUAAGUAAAGAACUUUGAGUCUUCUCUGA